UUGACAGGAUACUGCAGUUGGUAAAAGCUGUAGCAUACAUGCUCUCUGUCAUUAUUAGUUUGUAGGUUCUUUUGUAAUUUUAAGACGAUUUUUGGUGAAGUUAAAUCAAUGGAACCUAAUAAGGAUGGAAUCGUCAGGAAUAAGAAAUCUGUCUUACAUUCAGCAAAUAAUUAACGUGGUGCAAAAGGAACUUGCUCAGUUUUUCAUUAAACAAUGGAACUCUCGUUACAAAUCAACUUAUGGAGAAUGGGAUGAUACACACAACAGUGGUAACAAAUUUUACACUUUUGAAUCAGGAAUAAAGUUAGACCAAAAAACUCGACAAAAAUAUCAAGAUGGAGAUACCAGUAAGUGGGACUGUACGAUAUUAUUUGAUGCAAUAAUUUUUUCAAAUUCAAUUGGAAAGCACCUUGACACAAAAACAAAGGAUGCUGUUCAAGCACUUCGUUGUGAAAGAAAUAAGUACGCACAUUGGUAUGAAAGGGAAUGCUCAGAUGAUGAUUUUGAUGAUAUAGUCAACAUCAUUGAAAAAUCAUUUCAAGAUUUGAAAUUUUCUCUCGAUGAAAUCAAUAAAAUAAAAAAUCAUCGAAACUGUUUUAAUUCGUUCCAAGUUCUUCCUUCAAAAUCUAAUCAUUUUUUUGUUGAACGCACUGAAUUACGAGAUAAAAUUAUAAAAGAUCUUGAAAAAUUAAGCAAUGAUAACAAUGAUAAACUGACAUAUUUUUACAUCACUGGUAAUCCUGGCAGUGGUAAAUCGCAACUUGCAAGACAGGUUUGUGAAAAAAUAUCGUGUGAUUGGAACAAUAGAACUUCGUUUGUAAUGACUCUCGAUGGAAAAAAUGAGGAAUCUCUUUUAAAAACUUACUGUGAACUUGGAUACCGUUUAAACUGUGACAAGGAUAUGAUUAAAAAAUUUGAAGAUGAAAAUUGUUCCAUCGCAGACAAAGUGAAGAAUUUGCGAUCGUUAGUAUCCAGACGAUUAAAAUUCUGGCAAAAUUGGUUGAUCAUUGUAGACAACGUGGCACAGCUUAGCAAAAUUUCUUCAUUACUCCCCCAAGUUGGUGAUCCCAUGUGGAUAAAUGGACAAAUCUUAGUAACUAUCCAGAACACAGAUGCCGUACCUCAAGACGAUGAGUUUAACAAACAUAUUUCUAUCAGAAGUGGAAUGAAUGAUAAAGAAUGUUGUCAACUGUUGGAAUAUUACACUAAAGAUGAUAAUACUGAUGAUCAAUUGUUGAAUGAAGUAUCCCACGCAUUAGAUCGUCAACCGCUGGCUUUGGCUGCCGCUGGUUGUUACGUCAGUCGUGUAAACAAAGCAAACUGCUCAUUUACUUGGAAAGAAUAUUUAAAGAAAAUAUCUUCAGAAGAAGAAGAAAACAUGGACGUCACUUUUGUUAAAUUUAACUCGGUAUAUCCUAGAAGUAUGUUACAAGCUUCACUUUUAGCUGUCAGACAAAAUGCUGAAGAAUCCUCAAUAUCGGCAAUUGUUAUUAACUUUUUUUCCGUGAUAUCGUUUUAUCCUAUACCACGAGACAUUAUUGUGUUUUAUGUUCAAAAAAUAGAUCCCAAACACUCAAAGGAAGAUAUAUGUCUUUGUUUAAAGGACUGCUCAUUGUUCUUGCAUUCAGAAAAUAAUGACAUUAGUCUACAUCGCAUUGUUCACAAAGCAAUUAUUGUUUAUCAAUCUGAACAUUCAAAUGAAGAACAUGAAAUGGAAAGUAACGUUGAUCAAAUAUCUAAAGCACUUUACAUGUUUAAAGAGAGAGACGACGAAAUAAAAUUAUGGCCACAUCUUGAAAAAAUUGUUCAUUUAUUAAAGACCAACAAGAGAAAACUCAACAUGAACACUUUACAAGUUUUCAAUAUUUUGUUGACAGAUUAAGACAUUUUGGAAAAUACGAUCUUGCUCUUGAACUAUUGGAUAAAUUUAAAUCAGAAUAUAAUCUGAGAAUCAUAUUUAACAAAGCUUGGUAUUUUACUGAGCUUGUAUUUUACACGAUUUA